AGAUCGCACCAUCUUUCAACGUCUUUGUUAAUAUGACUGCAUCACCGCGGUUUUCACUUUCUCUCCAGUUAGAACUGCUCAUGCUGAUAUCGCUGCGUUGUCUCUGUGGAGACUCUGCAGCAACACAUACCCAACGUGAUCAGGCAUGACAUUUACGUGAUUAGGGCAUACACUUGUUUAUAUGUACGUCUUUUAAGAGUAAUCUAGUGCUCGGUAGGCAUGGAUAAGCCAGCUGACGGGCCUGCGUCGCAGUUCCAGGUGCACUUUUUUAAUCAAUUCCUUAAACUAGCCUUUGAUAAUGUUCUGGCUCGCCACCUUCUGGCUGGAAAAAAUUUGGCCCGAGGCCAAACUUUUGCCGACCCCUGCUUUACAUGAGGCAGCCUGUCACACUUUACUGCUGCUUUAAAUAGUUUUAGUUUGUGUUGCUGAUCCUAAUUACUCCAUGUCCAUGUAAUGUAGGGUCAUAAUUGAUAUAAAGUAUGCAAGCAUGUUAAGCAUAUGCAUAAGUCCUAUGGUGUCCUAGAUGUGAGAAUAAGUUAAAUAUGAGUUGGCCUCGUUAAUAAGUUUGUAAAUAUGGUAAAUAGGCAUUAGCCCAAAAAAUUAUCUUUUAAAUAAAGAAAAGCAUCCAUCCAACUGUGUAACCAUAGCAACGGAAACGCAGGGCUCAAACACAGUGCGUGUGCCUGUGUGUGUUAGUAUGUUGGUGUGUGUGUUAAACACAAGGUGGGUGUGUGUCUGUGGGUGUGUGUGUAAUACAUUCGAUUUCGACAGUAGAUCGUUUGGUAGUACUACAAGCCCCACAGUCCUUUGCUCUUCCAUCGGUGUGUGUUUGUGUGUGUGUGUGUGUGUGUGUGUGUGUGUGUGUGUGUGUGUGUGUGUGUGUGUGUGUGUGUGUGUGUGUGUGUGUGUGUGUGUGUGUGUUUGUAUUUUUGUAUGUUUCCUCUCCCAGCGUCCAGCAGAACCAGGACAGUUUUGUUGAUGUGCAGGGGCUCCCGACAGAGGACCACGCUGAGGACAAGAGCCGUCAUCUAAAGAUGAUGAAACAUGAUAUGAUGAAACCUGCCGAACCAGCUCAUCGCGGACCUACUUACCGUCACUCGGUUCGUUUCUCGUGUUCUUUAUGUUCCUGAGGAUGAGGACUAUUUGAGGAUUAUUCACUAAGUCAUCUGCUGGUUAGCGGAUAGCGCUGAACGCUAGCCUGCUAGCGCCACCAACCUGGAAAUACCUCCGCCUGUAGAGCUAUAACCCCGACAACAGAGACUUAGUCCUCCACCGACCAGUAACAACAGAGACCUGCAAGGACCCGUCCUCCAUUAACCCACCAGUAACAACAGAGACCUGUCCUCCACCAACCAGUAACAACAGAGACCUGUCCUCCACCAACCAGUAACAACAGAGACCUGUCCUCCACCAACCAGUGACAGCAGAGACCUGCAAGGACCCGUCCUCCAUUAACCCACCGGUAACAACAGAGACCUGCAGGGAGCCGUCCUCCAUCAACCAGACCAGUCACACUCUGAGGACAGGAACGAGAUGGACCUAUAAGCAGGAAAAAGCAGAGCUGAGGCUCCUCCAUCUCCUGGUGCUCCUCCCUCACUCGUGUGGUCCUUGGUCUUGUUUUUUCCUGAGGUUACACCUCCUCCAGCCUACACAGCCUGAUGUUCUUCCCAGAGCAGGAGAACAUAUCCAGCCUCCCUUCCAACAAAGUGCCCGUCAAGUAUGGAGAGCUCAUUGUUCUGGGGUAUAAUGGAUCCCUACCCAAUGGAGACAGAGGCCGACAUAAGAGUCGCUUUGGCCUUUCCAAACGGUCCAAGGCCAACGGGGUCAAACCCAGCACUGUUCACAGCGCAUACACACCACAGGCUGCUAAGGCCAUCAGUAGCAAAGACCAGCACAGUAUCUCCUACACCCUAUCCCGAGCCCAGACUGUGGUAGUGGAGUACACCCAUGACAACAACACGGACAUGUUUCAGAUCGGGCGAUCAACGGAGAGCCCCAUCGACUUCGUGGUGACGGACACGGCGAUAGGCGGCCCGGGCUCCCCGGACCCCCAGUCGGUUCAGAGCACCAUCUCCCGCUUCGCCUGCCGCAUCGCCUGCCAGCGCAGCCCCCCCCACACCGCCAGCAUCUACGCCGCUGGCUUCGACUCGUCCAAGAACAUCUUCCUAGGGGAGAAGGCGGCCAAGUGGAGGAGGUUGGACGGACAGAUGGACGGCCUCACCACCAACGGGGUGCUGGUGAUGCACCCGCGGCAGGGCUUCACCCAGGACUCCCAACAGGGCGUCUGGAGGGAGAUUUCUGUCUGCGGGAACAUCUUCACCCUAAGGGAGACGCGCUCGGCCCAGCAGUGGGGCAAGAUGGUGGACGCUGAGAGCCAGGAGCUGGUGGACGGCUCGCUGCUGGACCUCUGCGGGGCCACCCUGCUGUGGCGCACGGCCGAGGGCCUGGCACACACGCCCACCCGCAAGCACCUAGAGGUACUGCGGCAGGAGAUCAAUGCGGCGCGCCCGCAGUGCCCCGUGGGCCUCAACACACUGGCCUUCCCCUCGUUGCGGCGCAAGGCGACGCCCGACGAGAUGCAGCCCUGGGCGUACCUGCGCUGCGGCCACGUGCACGGCUACCACGACUGGGGCAGCCAGCGGCGGCACCACGAGGAGAGCCGGGGCCAGGAGGGCCGCCAGCGGGAGUGCCCCAUGUGCCGCUCCAGGGGCCCCUACGUGCCCCUGUGGCUGGGCUGCGAGGCGGGUUUCUACCUGGACAAGGCCCCGCCCACGCACGCCUUCAGCCCCUGUGGCCAUGUCUGCUCCGAGAAGACGGCAGCGUUCUGGAGCCGCAUCCCGCUGCCCCACGGCACACACACCUUCCACGCCGCCUGCCCCUUCUGCGCCCUGCCGCUGGGGGCGGAGCCACGCUACGUCAGGCUCAUCUUCCAGGGGCCGCUUGAUUAGAGGGGCUCUAUAGGGGGACGGGGGUCUCACUCCACACUCGGAGCUCCUCUUUGUUUGUUUGUCACAUCUCAUUGCCUUAAUUACUACCUGGAUCCUCUGGUUUUGUUUUAAGUGACCUUUUUCCUUAAUGAAAACGUUUUCUAUAUUUUAAUGCAAAUUCAGAAACACAACAUAGCAGAAGGGAUUGUCUGCUUUUUAAAAAAUAAUAUGGAAAACUGUAUUUAUCUUUAUGUACAUCUCUGUACAGAGAAAACAUUUAUUCAUCUCUUUAGUUUAAAGUAUGCCUGUCUUCAAUAUUCUGUAGAACUUGUAAUUUGAAAGACAACUUUGACGAGUGAUCUUCAGAGAUGCCGAUUCUGCGGGGUAUGUAUGAGGGUCUCUGCUUUAUGUGGUCUUGCAUUGCAUUUUUCUAUGUUAACUGGUCAUCUGUACUUUCCUUUGCACAAUGACGCUACAUCAGCCCUACCCUUUAACAGUCCAAGAAAUAUGCAGAGACCUCCAACUGCAUUGUGGGAUGCGUCUCACAUGGCUGUACAGUACCAAUCGGAUAGCCUUAGCUCGAUGCCUGCUCCCCUUUAAGGUAGAGAACACACUCAGACCCUGCAAGGCAAAAUGUGUGUUUAUCUGUGAGAGCUCUGUGAGAAGGUGCAGUCCUCAUAAUAUACAACUCGUUCUGUAAUUUGGUGACUUCAGGUAACUGAGUCUGUAGUCAUGUAGCAACUUCUCCCUGCAAACACAUCAGAGAACAGACAACUCAUAUGACUGGGAGCACCAGAAUGAAUGACAGAAUAUCACUGAUUUCUGUCCAUUUUAAAAAGGUGUGUGCAGCAGGAAACAACGCUAAGGCCUCAAUAUAUAAGGCUGUAGUGUCAUAGGCCCACUAUGGUUCGUCACACACUGCAGUUCUCCACACUGCACAGAGGAUUUAUGCACUGAAUUAUGCUCAGCCAUACAGAAAACACACUGUACAUGAUCAAUAGGAAAACCUCUUGACUCACUUUUUCCAAACAUGUGCACUUCUGACCUAAAGGCAGGUUUGGUCAUUUUAUAUACUUCAGAUAGUAACAUUUCUUCACAUGUUUGGCCAAGAGCCAUGACUGUGCGCUGAGCUUAAAAUAUGCAUCAGAACUAUUUAUGAAGUCUUCUUAAAACAGGUGUGUGUGUGUGUGUGUGUGUGUGUGUGUGUGUGUGUGUGUGUGUGUGUGUGUGUGUGUGUGUUCCCAAAGAGAGGGUUCCCUCUGAAUCGAAGAACACUCAAUAUCCCAACAUUAUCCAACUGUUCAACACUGUUAACCUCAGGGAUUACCAACAGUAGACUACGUGUGUGUGUGUGUGUGUGUGUGUGUGUGUGUGUGUGUGUGUGUGUGUGUGUGUGUGUGUGUGUGUGUGUGUGUGUGUGUGUGUGUGUGUGUGUCUCUCACACACACAGCUUUCUGACCCACUGUAGUUUGGAGGUCUGGAGAUGACGUCUUUUUGAUUUGUGAAACAAAUAUUUUGCUUUGCAAAAGUAAAUAGGCUUCACAUCCAAAACCUCCUUUGCAUUGAGAUAAGGGCUUUGUUUUCUAAAUUCAUGUUUCAUCCACUUCCUGAACUCCCUCAGCAUCACUCUGUUCUGGAGAGCCCUCUGGCUUUUAAAGCAGAAGAUGACUUUUUUUUUUAAAUCAACAGGUUUUGUACCAACUUUAACAACAAAGAAUAAAAGUGAAACUUUUGAAAGCGUU